UGUCGGGGCGGAUUGAGGAGAAUGGGGGCACGGAAAUUGCUUGCUGAAAAACCACUGUGCCAAAUUACAUCCAAAGGUAAACAGGCAGCGCCGGAACCCCGAUGCACCGAUCCUUCCUUGCUUAUUUCCUUAAUUCUCCACAUCUCCACAUCUGCUUUGGGGGCGAGGGCGCUGUCAAAGAUGUGAGCAAGGAGUGGCACCCGGCGGCUUUAAAUAGCCGCACGCAAGCCCUUGGGACAUCAGAACAAUCGCCUGCUGCGACGUGGACGGGCUUGGAUCAGCCUUUGGAGAAGUCGAGAUUUAACAGCCUCAGUUGUCCGUCCAGCCUUGCCAUGCAUCCGUCUUUGAUCACGCUGUGCCUGGCUGCAUUAACAAGCUUCACGCUGGUCCUCUCCAUGCCCAAUCCUUCUCCGCUGCUAGGGUCCAACUGGGGAAGCCCAAAAAGAUAUGUACACCUGCAGACAUCCUCGGACAUCAACAACUUCUACCUGGAGAUCAGUCUGAGCGGCAAAGUUAGGAAAACCACGAGACGGACUUCUUACAGUGUCAUUUUACUGAAGUCAGAAGCAAGAGACCGCAUAGCGAUAUUCGGCGUGAAGAGCAACCGGUACUUGUGCAUGGAUGUAGACGGAAAUCCUUUCACUUCUACUGUCUGUAACAGAGACGAAUGCCUCUUCCACCACAAGCUUUUGGAGAACCACAGGGAUGUCUACUACUCCUGUCGGAACAGCAUGCUCCUCAACCUGGAGGGGGCCAGGCAGCCAUUUGUGGAAGGUCACAACCUGCCCGCCUCCUCGCUGUUCCUGUCAGAGAGGAACACGGUGCCUCUAGAGAGACUCCUGCGCAGGGAGAGGAGGAACCGCCAGGUGGACCUGUCUGACCCACUCCGUAUGCACCCCCAGCCCUGGGAGGGCUCUGACUCCAUGCAGUACCCAGACCUGGACCUGGACCUAGACCAGGACCAGGACCAGGACGUCGAGCUACCUGAGCUGGGCCGAGCGGUUUCCAGGGAGACGGUCAUUUCCAGUUUCUACGACGACCCGCUGCAGGUGCAUUCCAAGCACCUGAACAGCCCGCGGAAUAUGGGCUGAGGAAGUUGGGGGCUGGGGUGGGGGGGCUGCGUUUUCUCCAGCUGGUCUGAAAAACCCUCUCAUUAAUGUUUUUUAAAGGCCAUAAUAGUAGGAGAUUCUCUGCAGAACAGUUCCUCUAAUUUACAUUGGGUUUCUUCAUUUCUGUCGUGGCUAAUCAUAAGUCACGUUUGAAUAGUCUUCUUAGCCUGGGCUGAUAUGGCUGUAUUCUUGUAGCUGGGAUGACAGCUUUUUGUCAGAUGGAUUACUUUGCUUGGCUGUAUAAGGGUCUAUAAACUGUGUUCCAGCCCAAACAUACCAGUAGUUCACUUCUUCCAUGCUCAGAAUAUGUAACAUUUCAAGCUGAUAAGCAGGUUUCCUGGUAAUGCCAUGCUGUCUCUAUAAAAAAAGACAACCGCCUUUAGAGAGUAUCCCCUUAACCUGAUUCUUCGGGGACGAGGAGCGAUCUGUGAGGUGAACUGUUCCACAUAUGACAUGCAAAAACAAUCUUUGAAACAAGGCAGUGUUAGACGUUCACGAGAACAGCUGUGUUGCAGGUGCUGGCCACCACCAGUAAGGACCCAGAUAGUAUCAGAAAUAUUUAUUUAUUUAAAUGUAUUCAGUUAUUUAUAAUAUUUAUGCUGAUUCCUAAUAUUGUCAGAUAGAAUGGAAAAUAUUUUAUAUGUAUUGUUUUUUUUGGAUUAUGAACGUUUUCACUAAUAAAUUAUAUGGUUAUGAA